CUGCACCCUUCAAGGUCCAUGCUGGCCUGAGGGGAUCUGCUACCUGAGAGCCUCCUGAUGCCCCGCCCCGGGGCCGGUGUGCCCCGCAGCACUGCCUCCCCACCCCCAGUCUGAGCAUCCCGUUAGUUAGCGAGGCUGUGGUGUAUGGAAGAUGGGGGACUCUGCAGUGGGACGGGGGCCUGCCCAGAUGUCGCCCUUCUGGUGUGGUCCGGCCCCAGCCUGGGGUAUCUGCCCUGUUUCCUCAGGCCCUGACCAGAGGCCUCUGCCCCUCUCCCUGGGCAGGGGACAGCCAGAGACCCCAGCCUGCAGGGCUGGGGGUGGGGGGGCCCGGCUUAGGGCUGGGCUUCAGCACUUCUUAGGUGUUCACUUGGUAUGUGUUCUGGGGUCUGGAGCAGCGAGCCCGUGGUGUGGCGAGGUGCUCUUCCUGCCAUCGCAGUCCUGAGAGGCACCUUCCCCAAGUCCCAAAAUGCUCUUUGCAGGAGUUGGGGGGGGGGGGGGCCUUGCUGCUCCACAGGGAGGCUCAGGCCUGCUGAAGGGUAGGGUCCGGGGUUGACUCUGAAAUUGUCCUUCCAACAUCCCUGGCAGCCUCCUGGCCCGCUGGCUCACAGGGGCAGCUCUCACCUGCCUUAGGGUGGGGCAGGAUGCUCUUUCUAGCCACUAGGGUUGCUAUGAUGACACAUUGCUUUGGUCUCUGUCACUUUUGUUGCUAGGGGGCUCUACUUGCUGUCCCCAGAAAGUAGCGACCUUUCCUAGCCAGCUGCAGCCUCGUGUGUUGGGGGCUCUGCCCCAAUGCCCAUGGGUCUGUCUCGGCUCCCAGUGAACUGGAACUGGAGGUCCUGCUUUGCAGCAUCGCGGCUGCAGGAGUGGUCAGGGGCCUCCAGGCCCAGAUGGGUGCUGAGGCUCAACCUCCACCGGCUGAGCAAGGACAGCCGCACUGAGCCUCCCCGACUCCCGCUAGUUGCCCUGUUGGACUUGGUUCCCACACGGAGGGGCUGUGGUGCGUUCUUAAUGCCUGGGAGCAAGCGUGUCUGGCGGGCCUGCCGGCACCUUCAAGGAAGCCCUGGCCUGGUAAGGACUGACAGGCAGUGCAGUGGUCAGGAAGGCUUCCCCGAGGAGGUGGCUUCAGCGCUGAGGCCCCAAGCAGAGGGGCGCGCGAGGGAGGGAUCUAGACGCUGCCCUGUGACUCAGUUUCCCAGUCGCUUCCCCGCGUUAACGAGCGGCCCCGGAACGGGACGGCAGCAAGCGUGGCGGCGAGGCCCCAGCUCCGGUCGGGGCUGUUCCUGCCUGCGGCGCGUCCGCAGGCAGGGCGCGCGCGUGUCCCGGCCGCGCGUGGCGGGGCGGGCGGCGGCAGCGUGCGCGCGGGGGCGGGCGGCUCUGGCUCGGUGACGCGGCGCCGAACGGAGCGGGCGGAGCGGGCGGGCCGGGGCGGAGCGGAGUCCUCCGCAGAGCAGCCCCUUCCGGCCGCGGCCGCCGACCCCGGCCCCCGGCCCCGCCUGGCUCUAUGGACAGGAGCUCGCUGCUGCAGCUUAUCCAGGAGCAGGAGGAUGGGCAGGGCAGAAAUGAGGCGGGGAGGCCCCUAAGAGCUGUAGGAGCUGAAGGCCUGGGACCCAGGCACUGGUGUCCUGGCGGCUCCGGGGACUACGUGGGUACAGAGGUCUGGUCUCAGGGUGCUUGGAGCCUGCCUCUCCCAGCUGGCCUGACCCACCCUCAAGCCUUGGCCGGCGGCCCCCCCCCACCCCAGCAGCUGGACCCUGAGAACACAGGUUUCAUCGGUGCGGAAACCUUCACUGGCCUGGUGCACAGCCAUGAGCUGCCUCUGGACCCAGCCAAGCUGGACAUGCUGGUGGCCUUGGCCCAGAGCAACGAGCGGGGCCAGGUCUGCUACCAGGAGCUGGUGGACCUGAUCAGCAGUAAACGCUCAAGCAGCUUUAAGCGGGCCAUCGCCAACGGACAGAGGGCCCUGCCCCGGGACGGGCUGCUGGAUGAGCCAGGCCUGGGCGUCUACAAGCGGUUUGUGCGCUACGUCGCCUACGAGAUCCUGCCCCGGGAGGUGGACCGCCACUGGUACUUCUACCGGCACCGCAGCUGCCCACCCCCCGUGUUUAUGGCCUCGGUCACCCUUGCCCAGAUCAUCGUGUUCCUGUGCUACGGGGCCCGUCUCAACAAAUGGGUGCUGCAGACCUACCACCCUGAGUACAUGAAGAGCCCCCUCGUGUACCAUCCCGGCCACCGUGCUCGAGCCUGGCGCUUCCUCACCUACAUGUUCAUGCACGUUGGCCUGGAGCAGCUGGGGUUCAACGCGCUCCUGCAGCUGAUGAUCGGGGUGCCCUUGGAGAUGGUGCACGGUCUGCUCCGCAUCAGCCUGCUCUACCUGGCCGGCGUGCUGGCAGGCUCCCUGACUGUCUCCAUUACCGACAUGCGGGCCCCUGUGGUGGGGGGCUCUGGUGGGGUCUACGCCUUGUGCUCGGCACACCUGGCCAACGUCGUCAUGAACUGGGCUGGGAUGAGGUGUCCCUACAAGCUGCUGAGGAUGGUGCUGGCCUUGGUGUGCAUGAGCUCCGAGGUGGGCCGGGCCGUGUGGCUCCGCUUUUCCCCACCACUGCCUGCCUCAGGCCCACAGCCCAGCUUCAUGGCACACCUGGCAGGUGCAGUGGUCGGGGUCAGCAUGGGUCUCACCAUCCUGCGCAGCUAUGAGGAGCGACUUCGGGACCAGUGCGGCUGGUGGGUGGUGCUGCUUGCCUACGGCACUUUCCUGCUCUUUGCCAUCUUCUGGAACGUCUUCGCCUAUGACCUGCUAGGCGCCCACAUCCCCCCACCACCCUGAUGGGCUCCUCAGGGCCACACAGGCCAGGGUGUGGGCGUGUGUGGGCCGGCCACCGGGCGAGCCCGCGUGUCCGUCCUCUGUGAAUGUACAUCUCAAGAUUGCUUGUCCUCCGUGGGGACUGGUGGGUCCUGUAGCCCAUGGUGUCCAGGCCAAGCCUUACAUCAGCCCUGGCCACCCCCUCCCAGGCCUGGGGAGGUAGGACUGCCUGGCCAGGCAGUGGAGGUCCCCAAGUGUGGCCCUGGAGGAGACCCUGCCCCAGCCUCCCCAUCACGAUUUGCGGUCUGAGCCUUUUUGGAAAACGAAUAAAUAUUUUACACAGCA